AUUUGAGGCGUCGGUCGCCCCCCGGGAAUGACGGGAGGGUCCAGAGUGUCAUGAGUUGGCUCGGAUUUAGUUUCGCAGCCAGAGGAACAUUUUCAAGCUACCGUGGAUGUAUAUAUUUACCAUCAAUUUUCGUUUUCGUCUGUAUAUAUUAGUGGAGCAGAAAAACCUCGCGUAACGUCCAUUUGAAGCGUGUCACCACUGGCUGGUUGCUCUCAGCGGUAGAGGCCACCACCAUGCACAGACAGUUACCUUCUCUUGGGACUCCCUGUAUGUCGGAGCAUCGGGAAUUCGUGAAAAUGCAGUACGGGAGGAAAAUAGCACAGGACACUUGUAUGCUUGCCACUAUGAGAACACCUGAUUGGCCUCAGGCACCCCCUGGGUGUAUUGGGCGACAUAAUUCUGUUCCGUGCACAGUUACUACCAACUCAAGUAGUUCUAAUGUGAGGAUGUAUCCCUAUUCAGUCUACACAAGUAGCUGUCAUCCAGAUCCACACCGCUGUCCGAAGCUCCGGAACGGCUGCAGCCGACAUCGUUGUCUCUCUGGUUCCGCUCUCCAGGGUCUGGUUCCCUCCACGAGUGCAGAUGCUACGGAGAUCCAACGGGCUCUAUUGCGGUCUCACAUUGCUGAAACGAAUAGCAAGGCUGCGCUUUUCCGGUCGAUCCCUCUCUCCAAUCUGGUGCUGCAGCAUUCUGUAACUAGGUACCCAUCCGGUCGUCCAGCUAGCCAUCUUUAUCAACACUCCAUUCAUCCCACUAACCAUCACCACAGUUUGGACCAAACAGCUGCCUGUCUACCGGGUCAUUCGAUUGGUGGAGCCCAAUCCGUUGUGCACCUCGGAUUUCAACCAUUUCCAGACCCAACAUCCCACAGUCAGCGUUCGAUUUUCACUACAGACUUGUUGCAACGUCACUGACUUCCAUCAGUCACCUGACUUUUACCAUAACAUCGGUUUCUACUUUAUUUCGCCCCUAUGCUUUCCGUCCUGGUGUCUGAACGCGUCUAUUUUUCCAUUUUCUCCUCUAUUGGUUGCACCUGUUCCGCUUCCACUGCAUUUAUUGUCUAUCUGAAGUACGCUUAUCAAAUGAGUUCCGCACCACGUCAUGCGUUAGCCCACACAUGCUUUAAUUCACUUCACUUGUAGGAUUGAGCUAAUUUUAGCCCUCAUCCAAGUGCUUACUGAGGUGGCUUGUCCAACCUACUCCAAUCGUCCAUUCCGCCGAUUUGAUUUUUGACCAGCAACUGGACUUAACAUUUUCCCCCUAACCUUGCUGCACCACUUUUAUUGGUCCUCUAACGUGACAGUAAGACUGCCUGACUUUACGUACCUUUAUCUACUUGCCAUUGAUUUCGUCUGUUUGAGCAGUGUACGUGCCUUUUAGUCAGUCAACUCACAUGCGUAGCCAAAUACUGUCCAUGUAUUUGGGUGUUAUCUACGUUGAUAUAAGUGUUAUUGUUUGUUGUAUAACACUAGCUAUAGUCUUUCUCUCUUCAUGCUGGCAGACAAACCGCUCGUCUGCUUGCUGCUUGUUCUUCUCAACUCCAGUCUUCUUUCUGGCUGUGUGCAUGCCUAUUCGAUCCUCUUCAAACCACAAUGCAGACCUGCCAACCUACCUACCCCUGCGUUCUGGUCGCGUGUUUUGUACUCAUCGUGUAUAUGAUUCAACCACUAGCACUUUUUGUUUUGUUGACGUGAAAUGUAGGAAAAUACACGAUGCUUCCGCCCUCAGGAAGUGGUUUAUGACGUA